AUGGCGCGAAUACACAUUCUCACUAUCCUGCUUCUCUCCCUCCUCUCUCUCGUCAGCGCUUCCGCCCCAACCUUCUGCAAAUGCACCUGCUUCUCCAACAGCACCAUAAUCCGUCUCGGCCCACAACCCGACGACCCAGCUUCUGGUCCCAAUAACCCGGCCAACCCAUCACCACCAUCCAAACCCACCGCGACCGCCACUGCCACAGCAUCUCCCAAUAACCAAGUCCGCUCUCCGAAUCCGAACCAUCCACAAACAUCCCAGCUUCUCCUCCAUCCCGUCGGCUCCAAACGCGCAGCUUCGAGUUCUUGCACCCAAUGCAACCGCGCCUUUUGCCUGCAGUACAACCUGCCCAUCUGCAAGGACGCCGAAGAAAAGGAUGUGACGACGACGUGUUUCCAGCGAGAUAGCAGGAAGGACAAGGUCAUUGUUUGGGGUUUCAUUUUGGGCACGGCGGGGUUGUUGGGAUGGGCGGGCCUACGAAAAGUUUUGGAGAGGGGAGGGCAGAUUGGUGGGUUUGGAGUAGGGGGAGGUGGUGGUGAUUGGGGGAGGGCUGGGUUUAUGGGUGGUGUUGGGGGAAGUAGUACGGUGGGUGGUGGGAGUGCUGGUGUGGGGAGUGGUGGUAUCAUGGGAGGAGGACUGUUUAGGAGGGUUUUUGCUGGGGGAGUUUGGUCAGGUCAAGGGGGUGGAAGAGGGGCGGGACAAGGGGCGUAUAGUCCACUUGGAGGAGAAGGACGGUGA